AUGGUCGACAACAUCUUAUCCAUUCUUGAGCUUAAGCGUCAAAAUGUUGAGACCGAGUUCAAGAUAAUCUACGAUGAAGUCACAGAGAUCUGCGCUCUGCUGGAUGUCGAGAUCAAAAUGCCUCGCAUUAGCGGUAGACAAAUGCACAGGGAAAAUCAUCAGGCGGAGACACCCGAAGCUUAUUUCCGGGUGACUAUGUACUUUCAGUAUCUUGACCAUUUGAUCCAGGAGCUUCGUUCGCUGUUCGCCGAUUCUCGGCAAAAGGCAAUGAAAGUCCAAUGCCUUGUACCGAAGUAUACCGUCAGUAGCACUUUCGCCGAUCUCAUUGAAACGCUGGACUUCUAUCAGACCGACUUAGACUGCAGUGCCAGCGUUCUCAGAGGGGAGUUUGAAUGCUGGAAGGCGAAGUGGGGCAGGAAGGCUGGGAACGAGCUUCCAGAAACCGCAAUCGAAGCACUCAGCUUUUGUCCAAGGAUCGAAUAUCCGAAGAUCGCGACCCUCCUCCAGAUAUUUGCCACAUUCCCCGUGACGACAUCAACACCCGAGAGAACCUUCAGCUCCCUGAAGCUGCUCAAAACUUAUCUUCGAUCUACGAUGGGGCAUGAACGACUCAAUGGAUUGGCUUCGAUGACUCUGCAGCGCGAUGUACCGGUUAGUGUCGACGAAGUUGUCGAUUUAAUCGCCCAGGAUCCGAGAAGGUUAGACAUUGUUCUAUAG